AGAAGAAGAAGAAGAAGAAGAAAAAAAUGGUGUCGGAGACCGCAUCUGAUCCGAGCUCGGCAUCCCCGAUCAAAACCGUGGUGAUCCUGGUCCAAGAGAACCGCUCCUUCGACCACAUGCUGGGCUGGCUCAAAACCAUCAACCCGGAAAUCGACGGGGUAACCGGUUCCGAAUCCAACCCAAUCUCCACCACCACCUCCAACUCCAACCUGGUCUACUUCAAGGACCAGGCCGUCUACGUGGACCCGGACCCGGGCCACUCCAUCCAGGCCGUCUACGAGCAGGUCUUCGGGGUCGAGUGGACCGCCGAGUCAGCCGCCGCCACCCACCCGGCCCCGAAGAUGAACGGGUUCGCCCAGAACGCGGAGCGGACCCUGAAGGGGAUGGCCGAGACGGUCAUGAACGGGUUCAGACCGGACGCCGUCCCGGUCUACAAGGAGCUGGCCGAAAACUUCGCGGUCUGCGACCGGUGGUUCGCGUCCGUGCCGGCCGCCACGCAGCCGAACCGGCUCUACGUUCACUCCGCGACGUCGCAUGGGGCGACGAGCAACGACACGAAGCAGCUGGCGGAAGGGUUCCCGCAGAAGACGAUUUUUGAGUCGAUGGAGGAAGCUGGGCAUAGUUUCGGGAUUUAUUAUCAGUAUCCUCCUGCUACUCUCUUUUACAGGAACCUGAGGAAGCUGAAGUACAUAGACAACUUCCACCAGUUCGACCUGAGCUUCAAACGCCACUGCGAGGAAGGCAAGCUCCCAAACUACGUCGUAGUGGAGCAACGGUACUUCGACCUCCUCUCCAUCCCGGGAAACGACGACCACCCUUCCCACGACGUCUCCAACGGCCAGCAGUUCGUCAAGCAGGUCUACGAGUCCCUCCGCUCCAGCCCGCAGUGGGAAGAGAUCCUCUUCGUCGUCAUCUACGACGAGCACGGCGGCUUCUACGACCACGUCCCCACUCCCGUCGUCGGCGUCCCCAGCCCCGACGACGUCGUCGGCCCGCCGCCGUACAACUUCAAGUUCGACCGCCUCGGCGUCAGGAUCCCUGCACUCCUAAUCUCGCCCUGGAUCCAACCCGGGACAGGUAAUUAUAUUCAAUUUCGUACUAACUGUACUGAAUCAGUGUUGCAUGGACCUUCAGGGCCGUACCCGAAUUCGGAGUUCGAGCACUCCUCCAUUCCGGCCACCGUGAAGAAGAUCUUCAACCUUCCAGAGUUUUUGACCAAGCGUGAUGCUUGGGCGGGCACUUUCGAAGGCGUGUUGACUGCAUCCGCUCCUAGAAACGACUGUCCACUGAUACUGGGGGAGGCAGUGAAGCUACGGGAAGCCGACGCGAAGGAAGACGCGACCUUGAACGAAUUCCAGGAGGUGAUGGUGCAGAUGACGGCGGCGGUGAUGGGAGAGCACAAGAAGAAGAGCUCCACCUACCCGGACAAGCUCGUCAAAGGGAUGACGGUCGGCCAGGCCUGCAAGUUCUGCGAGAGCGGAUACAACUUGUUCGUCGACGAGUGCGGGAAAGCCAGGGCCAACGGAGCCGACGAGAAUGAAGUCAUUUAUUGCUUUGCGGCGGAGGAAGAAGAAGAAGCAGCAGCAGCCGCCAAGCCCAAUAAGUCUGCCGUCCAGAGAUUCUUCUCCUGCUUUGUCUGCGGCAGGAGCUGAAGGCAGACUGAGACUGGGGAGUGUCUAGUUUGCUGAUUUGUGUGUGCACGUAAAUGUAUCUCUUUGUUGUUUGUUGAUUAUUCUUGUUUCAAGGGAGAUUGGAUGUAAUUCGUUUUGUUUCGUAGAUGCAUACUUGAUGUGGAAAUUAUGGAUUUGAGAUUUGUAAGUGAUUAUCAUUUAUUUUUUAAUAAUACAAACAGUUGUAUUUAUCAGGAUUCGAAUAAGAUUUGUG